GAGCUCUUCUACCCACCUCACCAUGCCAGAGACCAUUCUAGUCACCGGUGCGUCGGGAUUUGUCGCCGCACAUGUUAUCCUAGCAUUUCUCACCGCCGGCUACCACGUGCGAGGCAGCGUACGAUUGCAGUCAGCCGCCGAGUCAAUCAAGUCCCGUUACCCUCAAUACUCGCAGCAGUUGUCGCUGGUGAUUGUGCCCGACAUUGCCGUGCCCGGAGCCUUUAAUUAUGCGUUGGUGAGUGUGUCUGGGGUCAUCCACACCGCGAGCCCCUUUGUGCUCGACGUGUCUGACAACGAAAAUGACCUGCUUCAGCCCGCUAUCCGAGGAACGUUGAAUAUCGCCCACACAAUUCAUACAUGCAACCCUAGUGUGAGGAGAUUGGUGGUGACCUCCUCCUUUGCCGCGGUCCUCAACUUAGACCAAGGGUUCCGGCCAACAUACCGCUACUCCGAAGCAGACUGGAAUCCAUGCAGCUAUGAGAUCGCCAGAAAACCUCCAACUCGAGCAUAGCAUACUGUGCAUCCAAAGCAUUUGCAGAAAGGCAGCUGUGGGAGUGGAUGACCGAGAACCAGCCCAACUUCACCGUAACCACCACCAUCUGCCCCCCGUGAAACUUUGGCCCUACGGUCGGCGUUGCGCCCAAGCUGAACAAGUCUACUGAAGUCAUCAUGAACCUCGUCAACGGCUGUCAGACAGAGGUGCCUGAGAAUGACUUUGCCGCUUUUGCGAACGUGAAAAAUCUA